AUAACGAAAAAAGCAAAAUGUAAGAUAACUUAUUGGAAAAUAUUGUUUAUUUACGAGUGCAGUUAUUGCGGGUUUUUUAAGAGCACGUAAACAGGAAUAGAUGUGCAGAAGUCAUUCAAUACCUAUUUAAUUUUGCCCCCUUAGUGUGAAUACUACGUUAAAUUGUUAUUGUGCUUUGGGGGUCAUUGUGCACGACGGACGGAGCAACGUAUACACAGGUACACCAAAGCUAGCAUGAAGUGAAUGCCACUAUGAAUAGAAGGAACAAAAGAGCACGUUUGGAGUUAUCUGUGACGCCGACCACUAUCGAUGCGGGCAUCGGCAGCGGUUGUGCAGUUGCCUCCAACAUUGGUGACACACAAAGCAUCUUUUUGGGCAAUACUACAAACUCAAUCACCAACGGCACUGAAUCAGUUAGCAUGUUACCCGCAAAUGUAUUUCUAACUAUCUGUGAUGAAAACUCGGACGAGUCGCAGGACUAUUUGGCAAUUGGCAGUACCUUGGCACAAAUUAAACAAGAGCAUGAAGAUGCGCUAUGUAUUGGCAAUGUAAGCAGCAGCAGCAGCACACAGUCAACACAAACAUUACCACUACAAUAUCGUAUUGUCAAUCAAACACAACGCCAGUUGCCCAGUAUUGAGAAUAUUACAAGUAGUAGCGUAAUUAGUAAUAACACGGCCAAUACUUUAAGUGCAACGCUGCCAAUGCAACUACCCAACGGCUGCGAAAUAUAUAUAGUCAAGGAAUACGUGGACAAUAUUCCCACCAUACUGACCGAAGACAGUGAGUUAUUGCAAGGUCCGUCUAGCACAAUGGCAGGCACUACUUCAGCAAUAAAAUUAGAGCCAGACUCUUGUGCAACAUCCACAGCGGGCGUUUCCGCCUCUACUUCCACACCCUCAAUCAAUGGUGUACAAAUUUUGCGUAAUACAUCGCUGCCUUGCAUGAUCACUACUAAGCUCCCGAAUACUGCAACUGAUGGGCGAAUAAGUACUAAUAGAAAUGCCGUAAGAGUGUCAGCUAUAAGCGCUGGUGAUAUACAAGACAAUAGUACAAAACGCAGUUGCAUAUUGGAAGCAUAUAAAAAGCGCGACGAUAAGCGGCGCGCCACUCAUAAUGAGGUUGAGCGACGUCGCCGCGACAAAAUAAACAAUUGGAUAUUUAAACUCAAAGAAAUGCUGCCUAUAGAAGGCGGCAAUAAUAACAACAAUAAUCAUCAGCAAAGCAGCAUAUUGGAGCAUUUGGCACCAAAAAUCAAUACCAACACAAGCAAUGGAAAUAAUAGUACUAACAAUAAUAACAGUAACGGUAGUAAUCGAACGCCGCCUAGCGAUUCCAAAUCACAAAUACUAAUCAAGGCUUGCGAGUAUAUCAAAACAAUGCAGAACGAGAUCAAGAGCCUACGCGAGUGCCUUAGCGAAAAUGAAAAUUUACGCUUGAGUAAUCAGCGUUUACAAAAUGAGUUGUCUAAAUUGCAGAGUGAAAAGGCGGCGACAGUGAGCGCCACUUUACAUACACGCAAUUUCAAUAGCAAUUUCAACAUAACCUUAAACAGUUUGAAUAGCAAUAAUAGUAACGGCAGUGGUGGCGUUGGUGGUGGGGCAAGUAGCGCUAGUAGUAGCCCUGGUGGCACUGGCAGCAUUUUUAGCAGUCUCAACAUUACGCCGAAUGUAAGCAGUACGAAUACGUUCCCGAAACGCGAAUUAAUUAUUCGAGAUUAUGUCGAUUAGAAAAGAAGUAGCUAUUAAUUUAAAAAUUGUGCAAUUUUUUAUUUUAUUUUGUUACUUAACUAAGGAGAGGUUGUAUUACUAGUUGCCGUGUCCUACACUUUUUUCUUAUUUAAUAGUUAAUUUUCUGACGGAUCACUCUCCUAAUGAGGGCAAAGAUUUUACUAGUUCACGAUUAUUGUUACCAGUACAUAAAUAUUAUAAUUACGAAUAAAAGUUUAGGAAAAAAUAUAUACUAUAAACUUACACUAUAAAUUUGUAGCUUAGAAUAAAACUUUAAAACUAGUUGCAACGUGCUUCUCAAUAUUAUAAGCGCUUCCUUCAAUUAGUGCAAAAUCCGCGCAAAUAGCGCUCACUCUUACUCUGUUUCUGUCUUUCUCACACACACAUACUCAUAUGUAGCUAAAAAUGUAAGCAUAUUUGAUCCCUUAUCUUCUUAAAUUUAAGAAAAAAAUAAAGCUGUUUUAAGCCAAAAAUCUUAUCAAGUAAAUAGUAUGUGCAGGUAUUGAAAUAUUCACAACUGUAUAGAUUGAAUAAAUUGUUUGUUAUUAUUGUUUUAAUUUUUGAGAUGUACUUAAAAAGUCGCGUAUUUUAAGCUAUACACUUUUUCAUACUGACUUUUGAUUGUACCAUUUUUUAAAUUAUAUUUUAUAUUUGCUUCUGGAACUUUGGAAUAAAGCUUUUUGUUAUAUAAUUUAAUAAUAUAAUAAAUAUUUUAUGAUUAUAAAAAGUAGUAUUAACUAUCAACUGUUUUCAAGUUAAUUUUAUCGCACAUAUUAUUAAGAAAACAUAUUGAUUAUUCAAUAGCCAUGUCUCCAAUUAACAAAUAGAAGAUCAAGAAGUAAUGAAAAAACUUACGCUAAUAGCCAAACAAAAGUGGAAUACAUAAAGAAUUAAAAAAUAAACAUUUGCUUUUGAAAACUUAAAAUGAACCAAAUCUAUCUAAAAAUCUGGCAU